GAUUACAUGUUAACACGUUGUCCUGUAUACAGCUGCAACCUGCACCAAAGAAUACAGGUUUGAUCUACAGAAGAAAUGGGUUGCUGCUUCCGUGUACAAUACGAGACCCUGUACUUUUAACAAAGAAUACAAUAAAAUAUCCAAGAUAAUGGGCUUAGCAUUUCUAUUUUAUACAUAUCUUUUUGGUGGGGUGACAUUUCUUCCAUUGGUUAUAUUUCUAUUUGUAUAUGUGCAUCCUAAAUUACAAGUAGAGGAAGAUGAACGAGAUGAUGAAAUUCAAAAUGAAAGUACAACAUAUGAUAAGCUAAAGGCUACUGAAAUUGAUGAGAAUCUGAAAACAGGAUCUGGUGCGUAUCAUUCUGGAUGGGUUACAGUAACCCAAGAAUAUUUGGAAUCCACUUCUGAAAUCAGUUCAUCUACACAAUCAAUCAGUGAAUCUCUGGAUAAUAAAUCUGCUUAUCUGUCAUUAUAUAAACUAGUGAAGAAUUCAGAAGCUAAUGGACCACCAGACUCUGAGAAUGGUGGAGAAUUGAAGAGAAGGAACAGUAAAUCAAGCAUUGAGCCCAUAAGUGCCACUUCUACUUCUAAUGAUGUUCAAGUAAAUGACGAUAAGAAAUUAAGAACAUCUCAAAAGAAACAUCGGUUUUAUGCCGUAUUGAGACAUGGGAACCUUUUUCUUUAUAAAAAUGAAAAGAAAACUGAUGUGAAACAUGUUAUUGUACUACAGGGUCAAGUUGUUGCCAUUUGGCCUCGUGAUCUUCCAGAUGGUCAAUUAUUUACUAAAAGAACUUGCAUUUGUAUUUUAAAAAGAGAUUUCACUAGACCAAGAAGAUUAUCUGAGGGACUUUAUUCCAAGGAUCUGGAAACUGGAUUUCUGAAUAAGGGAUAUGGGUCCAAAAUUACAACGUAUGAUAUUCUUUCUUCUGAUGGAGAUUUGGAAUUAAAACCACCAAAAGGUUCGUUUUUCCUUUAUUGUGAUACAAAUAUUGCUAAAGAAGAUUGGUAUUUUGCAUUGAUAAGAGCAACAAAGAGUACUAAACCUACGUUAUCUGACACUACAACAACGUCUAAUCAACCACUUGAUCCACUUAACCCCUCAAUAUAUGCCAAGUCCCUUCAUUUCAAAACUUCAAAUAUGAUUGAUUUAAUUCAAACUUUACAUUCAUCUGAAGGUCAAUUUCAAACAAGAUGGCUUAAUGCUAUAAUUGGGAGAAUAUUUCUAGCCCUUCAACAGACUGAAACUUUGAAAGAUUUUCUACAACGAAGAAUAGAAAAGAAAUUAAAGAAAAUUAAUAAACCAGGAUUUUUAGAUGAUUUUCAAAUGAAGAAAAUUGACGUUGGGAAUUCUGCACCUUACUUCACAUACCCUUCUCUCAAGGAGAUUUCACCAGAUGGUACUUUAUUACUCUCAACUAAUGUCCAUUACCAUGGAGGACUUUCUAUACAAAUUGCCACUAAAGUAAAUAUAAAUUUAGGGGCAAGGUUUAAAUCAAGAGAAGUGGAUGUAUUACUUUCAAUUACUUUCCAGAAAUUGGAAGGAAGAGUUGCCAUUAAGAUUAAACCCGCUCCUUCCGAAAGAAUUUGGUAUUCUUUUGAGUCAGAACCUGAUAUUGAAUUGAAAAUUGAACCAAUUGUCAGUUCAAGACAAAUGAACUAUAAUAUUAUUACAAGCACCAUUGAAAAGAAAUUCAAAGAGGCAAUUAAGGAAUCCUUAGUAUUGCCUAAUUGGGACGAUUUUGUCUUUUAUGACACUACAGAUGAAAUUUAUAGAGGUGGGAUUUGGGAUAAAACCGCUAGACAAUCAACACAGCAGUCGAAAGAAAACCACACGAAAGAACAUGACACCACAUCCAUUAAACCAGAUGGAUCAACUGUAUCUGAUGUAAGUAGUAUCAAAUCCACACAAUCCGACCUUUCACUGGUAUCUGUUCCAACAACUGGUGUAUCAGGUGGCGGUGUUAAUGGAAGCGGAGGAGAAGGAACUGCUCGUAUGAAAAUUGCCUCGACAUUGAAUGAUUUCUCGAAGAAACUUAAGAAAACUAAAUCAUCUACUACAAUGAGUAUCAAUGAAGAGAAUUGUUUAUCCGAUGGAUCAUUAUUGGAGCCAGCUCGCAGUAAUCUCAGCAGCAUUGCGGAUACGGAAGGUUCAUCAACUGAUUCUGAUGGAUCAAAAAGCUAUGGAAUUAACACGUUAAAAAAGAUGGGUAAAUGGUAUUUCAAGGAUUCUAAACCCGAGUCAGAGCAUGAUUCUACUGUAAAGGAAUUUUAUAAACCGCCGGAAAUGAUUCUGAAUAGAAGAACUCCCCGCAAAACUUCUGUUAGUACUAUUUCAUCCCCAGGAACUGUUCCGGACAGUGACUCUAGUCAAAAAUUAUCUAUUAAUCGUAAGAAGUCAUACGACAUGUUUAAUAAGAACCCCGGAGAGAUUACUGGGCUGCCUAUUCUAGGAACUUCAUUUGAUUCGGGAAGUAUAGAUUUGAAUUUUGGAUCACAUCCCGGAGCCCAUAGAAAGCGAGUUGACUCGUUUGCUAGCAGUCUUAGUGUAGAAAAGAAUGCCCCUAAUGAGUUUGAGAAUGUUUUCCUCAAGGACUCCCUUAACGAACGUCAUAUAGAUGAAGGAUUACACAGUACACCAACCUUGACGGUUGGAGAAGACCUGGAGAUCUUCACACCAGAUACUGAAGUCCCAAAGACAGAAAGUGAGAUUUCUGAAAUUUUCCCCAAGGUUACAGAAGAGUCUGACAAACCUGGCCCAGUUAGAAGAAAACCACCAUUACCACCUAGAGAUAUACCUGAAUUUCAGCAGAGCUGAUUUUGUUUGUUUUUAAUUCUAUAAUAUAUAUAUAUGUCUUCAUUUUUAUUUACCAAUAAAUAAUAUUU